AGGUGAAAACAUGGUUGGGGGUGUUGUUGUUUCAGUGGUUAGCGGGAGCGUCCCGCAGAGCCUCUUAUUUUGUCCUCAACAUCUUCAAUCUCAGUUGGCAACUAGGAUCGUUGCAGGCAAAAGACCGGCUAAGAAACUGCAUUUUACUCUCUCCCGCUCCUCACACCUUCGCUUUUCCAAAGUCCAAACAUCUCCUAGACAAACUUCUUUGCACACAAUGGAUGUUGAUUUGGAAGCAAAUCUGGAGGAUGCAGAAAAGCUUAAGAGGGGGAUAGCAGAAUUCUAUGAUGAAUCUUCAGGAAUAUGGGAGGACAUAUGGGGGGAGCACAUGCAUCAUGGUUUCUAUGGCCCCAAUUCCACUGUCUCCUUGUCUGAUCACCGGGUUGCUCAGAUUCGCAUGAUUGAGGAAGCUCUCCACUUUGCUUCUGUUUCAGAAGAUUUGUCAAUGAAACCAACAAGCAUAGUUGAUGUUGGAUGUGGAAUAGGAGGAAGUUCUCGAUAUCUAGCUAGGAAGUAUGGUGCUCAAUGUAUAGGCAUCACUUUAAGUCCUAUACAAGCGCAAAGAGCUCAAUCACUCGCUGCUGCUCAAGGAUUACAAGACAAGGUGUCUUUUCAAGUUGCAGAUGCACUAAAUCAGCCAUUUCCAGAUGGGAAAUUUGAUUUGGUGUGGUCCAUGGAGAGUGGAGAACACAUGCCAGACAAAACAAAGUUUGUUCAAGAGUUAGCUCGCGUGGCGGCUCCUGGUGCUACCUUGAUAAUCGUCACGUGGUGCCAUAGGAAUCUUUUGUCCUCUGAACAGUCUUUGCUUCCGGCUGAGCAAAAUCUGUUGAAAAGGAUUUGUGAUGCAUAUUAUCUUCCAGCAUGGUGUUCCUCUGAUGACUAUGUAAGAAUAUUGCAGUCCCUCUCUUUACAGGAUAUCAAGACUGCGGAUUGGUCGGACUAUGUUGCCCCAUUUUGGCCAGCGGUGAUAAGUUCCGCAAUGUCGUGGAAGGGAAUCACAUCACUGCUACGGAGUGGAUGGAAGACUAUAAGAGGAGCUUUAGUAAUGCCAUUGAUGAUUGAAGGAUACAAGACAGGUCUGAUCAAAUUUGCUAUUAUCACAUGUAAGAAGCCAUCCUGAUUAAUCUGAGAGCAGACAAGACAUUGUUGGUAGUCCUUUGAACUGGAACAUAACUUAUUGGCACAUUGAGUUUGGAAUUAUCAAUAUAAUUUUUUUUUCUUCUUUUCUUUUCUACCUUUUAAGUUGAAGGUCGGUAUGUUAUUGUUUUCUCCCAUCUUGUAGGGGCAUGGUAUUAGAAGUCAGCUAUAUAUUCAUGAAUUACUUAUGUUCGGUAGUUGGAAAUCUUGUGUUAAAGAAGGCAUACAUCUGUCAUAGUUGCUAGUCAUUAUUUUUGUGUGGUCAUGUGGUAUGGGCGACGCUAAGGUUGAUUAUUUAUUUGUUGUGUUGGGGUCCUUGGGGACAGCAAUAUUAAUCUAAAGGGCAUUACUUUUUGAAGUUCAGAAAUUACUCACCAGCAGUUUGUUUUUGACAAUUUUAUCCCUAAACUCUUUCUAUUCCUCCUUUCUUCUUCUCAUUCCUCGUUUCUUCUUCUUCUUUCUAUUUUUCUCCUUCUUUAACUUCAUCUUCUUCUUUUUUUUUUGUUUUAAUAAAAUUUUAAAUCUAGAUUUAUUAAAAAUCGAAGUUUAAAAAAUGGCGAAACAAAACACACAACGGGAAAGAGCACCAUUGAUACCGAUAAAUUUUUUUGCCCCC